UGAUACUGAAGGACUCUUGCAAAAACACUGCUGCUCACAGCCGCACGGUUGCCUCCCUAUUGUCAUUUACAACAACAGCACUGACUUUGGAUUUUUAACCAUCAAUCAUGUGUAAAGGACUUGCAACACUCCCUGCGACAUGCUUGAAAAGUGCCAAAGACAUCAAGCACAAAAUAAGCUUCUUACUCCAGAAGCCCGAAUCUCAAGCAGCGGAUCAGAAGCAGACGAAAGAAAAAUCUACCACAGCUGCUGCAAAAAGGGUGUAUAAUACAGCUGAGGUGGAGAAAUGGAAGGAGUCUUUCAGCCAGGUGCUGAACAGUGAAAUGGGUCGCUCAGUCUUCACCAGCUUCUUAAAGUCAGAGUUCAGUGAGGAAAACAUGGACUUCUGGACGGCUUGUGAGGACUACAAGAAGACUGCUCCUUCCAAGCUGGCGAAUAGAGCCAAGCAGAUCUACCAGAAAUAUAUUGGGGCAGAUGCUCCUAACGAGGUAAACUUAGACGCAGCAACCAGAGAAAACACGAGGCAGAACGUCGAGAACGCCUGCCCGUCUUGCUUUGACGAGGCUCAGAAGAUGAUCUACACGCUGAUGGAGAAAGACUCCUACAGGCGCUUUCUCAAAUCCAAACUGAUCCAGGACCUGUGUCAACAACAGAGCAACACUGCUCAGGAGAAGAAAGAGAAGAGAAGCUGUGACACGGCUGACAGCAGCCAGGUGUUAGCUGGUGGCGCUUAGAUAGGAGUAAAGAAGGAAAGGCUUGAAGCAGGUGCCAAAGACUGGAAGUCAGUAAGUGCUGACACUGGGAAUGAUGCUUUUGUUGGGGGUGUCCAGGGUUUAUAGAUAAGAGAGAAAAAAAAAAGAAUGGAUUUGAAAGUGACUGAUAAAGGUUCAUGUGAGGAGGGUUUUUCUUUUUUGAUACUUUCUUGAUUGCUGGGCUUAUGUGGUCCUCUUGCCAAUUAAUCAUAAUAAUACAAUAUUUCCCAUUACUGCAUUCACCAUCAGGUGUGCUAAUCUGACUGACUGAAUGUUUAAUAUUUCCAUGCACACAAAAACAGAGAAUGUAAAUAUAUCAUUGCAUUGUGAAUUUUUGCUUCUGGAUUCCUUGCGAAACAUAAUCUGAUCUCCAAGCUGUGACCAGGUUAUCCUGAAACUUACAACAGAAAACAGUUGACAGCUACCUCCAGCCACCAGACACACGUUCAACCAAACUGCUGCCACUGGAGCAUUUUGUUAAUGGAACAGCACAGAUUACUUGUUUUAAGUAAAAGCUAUGUACAAACCUGUAUAUUUAAACUGAUACGAAAAGCACUUUUUUAAAGAAUGCCCUGACUCCCCUGUGCGUGAGAGUAGAAACACCGAUUUUAAAUGUUGCAAGAUUUUAUACAAUUACAGAUAUGAAGUAAUAAUUUACCCCAGCACAGCUGCAACAACGAUAAAUGAACCACAUAUAUUGUAUUCAUCUGCUUUGCAGUUAUUUUGGGGUGUGGCAGCAUGGCCACAGCUCAUGUUCGAUCAUGCUGACUCAUGGCCUCACAAAUUAGCUUUAUAACUCACCCUUAAUAUCAUAUGCUAAUAACAUAUGUUUUUGCAGCAGCGCAUGGGUGAUAUUGAUGUCUGUUCGAUUCAAGUGAGUAAAACCUGGUGUAUAUCUCAACGCUUCAUCAUGGUAACAACUGGCUUUGCUAAUUAAACAUCCCGACAUGAUCUCUGCACUGUGAAAACGCCGACUCGGAAUCUCGUGGGAAUUUUGGGCAUGCUUUAAUAUUAGCAGUAGUAGUAGUAGUAGUAAUGAGUGUCAUUGAGUGAUGUCACAGAGUAGGAGAAAUAGUGACUUCUUCUGAUGAUUUUUUAAAAAAAAAGCAUUUAUAAAUUAUGCUUUUUUGUUUCAGUGUUUAAUAAUGCAAUUUGUGUAGGGUAUUUAACAAUGUGUUCACGUUAAUUGACACUAUUUUACGUGGCCGCGCAUUCUGCAAUGUCUUAUUUAAACGUAUAUGAUGGAUAGAAAACUACAUAAGUGUUUGUCUUUGCCCUGUUUCAGUGGAUUGCUAUCCUCAAAUAAAAUUAUGUCUUGAAUGA